AUGCUUCAGUCGAGCAAAUUAGCCACACCUUUUAUGCGAGCCACUGUCCCCGGAACCGUCAACCUCGGGUGUAGUCAAAGCACUGUGAUUCGGGAUAGCGCGGUCAAUUCGGCAGAGAAUGUUUGUGAAGCAGACGAUAGAGGCGGUGGCAAUCAUCAGGAGGGCCAGAGCACAGUGCUGCCAACAAAUUUCACCUAUUCUGUUGGACUAGUCCUCUCCUGCCUUGGAUGCGUGCUGGGCACGGGGAAUAUCUGGCGAUUUCCUCGGAUGGUAGCAGUUGCCAGUUGCGAUUCAGGAAGCCUCACUUUCAUACUGGCGUGGGUGUUCUUCCUCUUCACCUGGUCUAUCCCCCUCAUUGUGACGGAGUACACCCUGGGCAGGUUUACUCGUGGAUCUCCAGUGGUGGCAUUUUACAAAUUUCUUGGUGACAAAUUCAUUUGGGUUGGAUCUUGGGUCACUUCAAUUGCAUUUAUGAUCAGUGCCUACUUCUCUGUUGUCGUGGGAUGGUGCUUCUACUACUUCUACGUGUCAUGUGCUUGGCCCGACCUCCCCUCCACCGAACCGGAGAGCCGAGCUAUCUUCGACAAUUUCAUCCAAACCUACUGGCCUUUGUUUAAUCACACCCUCUGUCUCCUGAUGUGUGGAGUCGCUGUAUUCAAAGGCGUGAAAGGCAUUGAAAUCGCCAAUGGAGUGCUGGUUCCACUUCAACUCCUCAUAGUCAUUCUUGUCUUCUACUGGUCCUUAUCUCGAGAAUAUGCUGAGAUUGGGAUAAAAUUUAUGUAUACACCUGACUGGGGAACCUUCCUUGAUCCAAAACUCUAUGUUGAAGCAGCUUGUCAAAAUGCCUUUGACACAGCAGCUGGAAUGGGUCUUUUCUCCGCCUAUGCUGCCUACUUCAGCCGAGACACCGGAGCUGUUCGAUAUAGUGUCAUCCUACCUGUGAUCAACAAUCUAGUGAGUUUAACCUGUGGAUUGACCAUAUUUGCGACCGUGUUCUCCACACUAAUUCAGACGUCACCGACUCUCACGAUGCCGCAAAUUAUUGCCAUAAUGAAGGAGAGUGGUCCAGGAAGUACGGGUCUAACAUUCACCUGGAUACCUUUGCUCAUGUCGAAGCUGGGAAUUAUGGGGAGGGUUCUCUGUGGAUUGUUCUUCCUCUGCUUGUCGUUUGCCGGCAUCAGUUCAAUGAUUGCCUACAUCGAGCUUACGGCAAGAACCAUUCAAGAUUUUGGUGUAAAACGAAUUUGGGCAACAGUCGGAUCGCUGGUGGCCACAUUUUUAGUGGGUGUACCCUCCGCCAUCAGUGUUAAUAUUCUGUCUAAUCAAGAUUUUGUUUGGAGCUUUGCGCUUAUGAUCUCAGGGCUGUGCUACUGCGGCUUGGUUAUUUAUUACAACCCCGUGCGAUACCUCCGCGUCAUUGUUAAUGAUUUCGCUAUCAACGACUGGCGGUUACCAUUUGUUUGGACCAUUGUCAUAGCCGGCGUGGUUCCAGUAGAAGCAAUUGGACUUAUCGCCUGGUGGGCAUAUCAAAACAUUGCCUUCACAGAGUGGUACAUCAUUCAUGCUGAGUCCCUGGCGAUCACCUUCCUUGAGUGGGCUAUCUUGGCGUUUCUAGUUGGUACAGUCAAUCUCAUGGUCACCAUCUUCAAAGUGCCAGUUCUAAAAGCCUCCGCCAGCGUGGGCUACGACCCCUACCAUCCAGAGACUAUUCCUUUACCUACACAAUGCCACACGCCCCAUGACUUGCCCGAAGGCGAAAGAAGGCACAAUACUGUCCACUCGUCUGGCUUAGAGGCCAUGCCACGGCGUGGAGAUACUACCCAAAGUCUCGUCAACAUCUACAAAUACAGCAAUUUAAAGUAA